AUGUCAAACCUGUCCCUUUCCGACUCCGAACUUUCGUCGCUAUCCUCGGCGCCCCCUUCAGAUGAAGAGACGGGAUCCAUGGCUGUCGACGAGCCUGUGGGCAUUACCAAGUACUUCAAGAAGGAGAAGUCCGAAUCUCCGCCGCCGAAGCGGGAGCCCUCACCACCUCAUGAAUAUGUGCUAGCAGACAAUCCAGAUAUUGCAUUCAUUGUAAUGUUCCGCGCGCGUUUCCACGAUGUAUUCCCGCGAUCGACACCACACCUUGGACCACAGGAUAUCGAAAGAGGCGUCGCCGAGAGCACCCCCGGCGAUCAUAUCGAGCGAUUGCUGUGCGCGUUGCUCGGUUUGGUGUUGAACAGGAAGAAGGAUGUGGAUCGCAGCCAUUACACGCGUCCCCUCGAGGAGGCGAUCCAAACGCAUGCCUCCCAAUGGCCGAGGGCUUGGCAAGGCAAAAACCCUCUGCACGGGGGCAACAACUUCACAACCAUGAAACCGGAAGAACGCUUGCAAUUACUCAAGUCGCUGAUCCUCUGGUCCCUUUCCUCCUCCGAAGCCGUUCAAGCCAAGAUCAAAGAGUCCUACAAGCAAGCACGUCACGAGGACGACCUCAAUCAACCGCUCUCCGUUCAGCCAUGGGGUCGCGAUGGCUUGAAGCGUCGAUACUGGCUUAUCGAAGGUCUGGAUGACACGCACUUCAGAUUGUACCGCGAGAGCAAUCCGGCAUUGAAGACCAAUACGUGGUGGAGCGUGGCGGGGAGCAUUCCCGAGCUGAAGGUCAUCGCAGACAAGCUCGAUGAGGAGAAGAGCAUCCACUCCAAGAAGCUGAGCGAGAAGAUUCGAAACUCGAUCCCCCGAUUCGAAGGAUCCGAGGAGAAACGCAAACGUCGCGACUACCGGAUCGCGCGGAAAGCACAAUUCGCUCGGCCCGAGCCAGGGUUCUCUCUCUACGAAGGCCGAACGCGUGGGAAGAAGUUGAAAUACACCUACUCCGACGACGAAGACAUCUUCUCCGAUGGUCUUCCAUCGACGCGGCGCUCUACUCGAAACACAUCAGGGGUAUCUACCCCUGUUGACGUGGCAGGACCUCGAUACACAGCCAGUGGCCGACAAAUACGAUCUCGAGCCGGCGGUCUCUACGGCGAGACUUUGCUCGCUGGACAACGUGACGAUGUCCAGGCCGGCGACGAGGGCCGGCCCACCAGAUCGCGGGCCACCCGGGCCAAUGGGUACACCGAUUACAAUUUGGAUGAUGAGAUGGCUGAAGGCUCGGAUGGAGCGCACUCAAGCGGCAACGAAUGGCAAGGUGGUGAGGAGGAGGAGGACAAUGAUUUCGAGGGCGACGACGAAGAGGAAGUGAGCGGCGAUGAAGAAAUCGUGAACGGCGAGCCACCCAGCUUGGUGGUGCAGCUCAGAUACAACAAAGAUAAAAGCAAGGAGACGAGUGGCUCGCAAGACACUGCUGAUGUACCAUCGGACGAGCAUCCCGCGGGCAAGUCUUCCAACGACCCCGGGAACCCACCGCAUACCCAACCACCACCUGAAGAGACCCAGCAAAAUGAUACAAAAUCGGAGCCUCAGCCAGAAGAAAAUGUGAAGGUCACUGCGCCCGGCAUGUCUGGCCUUUCGGAGCAGAACAGCACUGGAUCCCACCCCGAUACCCUUGCGCCUCAAGUCCCAGUGCAGGCCACGAGCGAAAGUGUGCAAUAAAGAAGUUGUCACGAGGCUAUCCUUCGCAGAUAAACCAUCUGUUUCUCUCUAGUGGUAACAUUUACUUCUGAAGGCGGAUUUCUUCUAUCAAAUGCCAAAUGUACGAG